AUGCGUGAUUCUAUUGAAGCAGCUCAACUGCAAACUAUUGAAGAAGUCUAUCGUUUGGCAGCAAGUUUGAACAGCAAUUGUGUGCGUGAUAAACAGUUCGCUACUCCUGCCCCGUCCAAGUCUGCGAAUCAAGUUACCCAGCAGUCAGGCGGCGGCAAGAACAAUAAAAAGAAAGCUCAGGGAUCCGGAUGUAAUGCUAUUACUCCUGCUGCAAACCCUACUGCUAAACCUGCUCCUACUACUGCUGCUACUAACCCUGCUGCUCCCGAAGCUAAGAAGCAAUACACUGGGUCUCAUCCCAAGUGUGCAACCUGCAACUACCAUCAUCCUGCCAUUUCUGCAUGUCGUCUGUGCACCAACUGUAAUCGCUAUGGUCACACGAAUCCCUACUGUCGUCAAGCUAACCCUGCACAGCAAGCUCAGCAAGCCUCAGCUCAGGCAGCUCUACCUGCACCUCCAGCACCUCUGCAGAAUCCCAAGCCAGUCAACGCUGUUCGUGCAUGCUAUAAGUGUGGAGAUACUACCCACCUCCAUAACCAGUGUCCUCAGCUGAACCAGGACCAGCAGCCAGCCGCUCGUGGAGAGCGUUCAACCUCAAUGCAAAUCAGGCUCGAAAUGACAAUGACGUUGUCAAUGUUACCUGAGUCGUUCUCUGUUGAAGUCGCCAAUGGUAAGUCGAUUCUUGUAAAUUCUAUCGUGCGUGAUUGUUCCUUGAUUCUUAACGAUCACGUCUUCUCUGUUGAUCUUAUAUGCAUGCGGUUGGGUAGCUUUGAUUUUAUUAUCGGUAUGGACUGGUUGCGUAAGAACCAUGCUGAGAUUGUUUGUCAUGAGAAACUUGUUCGCCUUCCUCUUCCCUCUGGUGAUACUUUGAUCGUCUAUGGAGACCGACCUUCAAAGAGAUUGAGAUUGAUGUCAUGCACACAAGCGAGCAGAAGCUUACGUAAACAGAACCCUGCCUUCUUGGUCCACGUGGUGGAACAAAAGGGCAAGGGGAAGAAAAUAAGCGACGUUCCAGUGGUGUGUGACUUCACUGAUGUCUUUCCUGAAGAUCUUCCUGGUCUUCCUCCUCCCAGAUCCGUUGACUUUCGUAUUGAUCUUGUACCUGGUGCGACUCCUGUCGCCAGGGCUCCUUACCAUCUUGCACCUUCUGAGAUGCAAGAAUUAUCUAGUCAACUUCAGGAGUUAAUCGAUAAGGGUUUCAUUCGUCUAAGUGCUUGA